AUGGCUUCAAGACUCACGUGGCUGGUCAUUGUGGCCGCGCUGUUGCUUGUGAUUCUUCCCUCACCUGCGGCCGCCUUUGGAGCGGGAAACAUUGCGUCCAUUUCGAAAAUCGAAGGACAGAACUGGCGCCAUGGAGACAUUGAAGAUAUGCUGAAAAAAGUGGCUUUCAUCAAGCACCACAAAUGGACCAGCCUCAUGAUCUCUCGCGCCUACUUUGGCAACUGGCUGCGAGACUACUCUCAGGCAGUGGAUGUCGGCACUCUCAAGGGCGUUCAGGCCGGCACUUUGCGCAUCCUAGUCUGGAUCCUGGGCUUCAUGUCUUUUGGAUAUGCUACGGCAGAAUUCGAGGUCACCGAGGAAAGACUCGGUGUCUAUCGCCCUGAAGAACACAUUGACAACCCCAAGGACUAUGCCGAUAAUGUCGACGCGCGCCAGUACGACUCGCGGCUGCGCGGACCGGUCAGUCCCGAAGAACUAGCUAUUGAUCCUCGAACUGGCAUGAAAAACUACAUUGCCAAUGAGAGCGGAGGAUGGGCUACGAGCUCCGGAUACGUUAAGCACAGCUUUGCGCGCAGCAUUCAUUUUGGAAGAGUCUAUACCAACGGCCCACGCGGCGUCAAGGGAAAAGAGGCAGAUCUGUGUGAAGCUUUACGGUGCCUCGGUCAAGGCCUGCACACGCUGGAAGAUUUUGGCGCGCAUACAAACUAUACCGAGCUAGCGCUUCGUGAGCUAGGCUUUACGAAUGUCUUCCCCCAUGUUGGAGCAGCAACAGAGAUCCAGAUCGGCCAUAAGAGGAUCUUCCCACUUGUCACGGGCACCUUUGGCGGUGUUGACUUUCUCCACUCUGUCCUCGGCGAGGCCAACGACCACUUUGCCCAGACCGAGGUAAACGAAAUGGACAUUGCCCUGAACGAAGCACAGCAGAAAUCACACGGGUCGUCGUCAGGCGCAGGCGCACGUAGCUUUGGCAACAACCCAGGCCAGGAGGCCUCCUUCUUCACCUCCCUCCUCUCUCAGAUCCCCGGCACCAGCGGGCUCUGCGCCGAAGCAGCACGCCUACAAGCCGACUCCGACGCGCAAGAGCAAUCCAACCGCGCUGGCGCUGGCGGCGAAUACUACGGGGGCAUGUCGCGAGCAGCAGAUCCCAAUGCCGUGCAAACAUCCUUCCCCGCCCCUCCUGGCUCCACGGGGGGUCCUCCCGGACCCGGCAUACCGGGGAUGAGUCCGAACUUUGACCCGCUGAAGACGGCCGCGCAAAUCUACCCGAUCCUCGAGUUCCGCGACAAGGUCGUCAAGAAGAUAUCCGGCAUCAUUGAGAAGAUCCCCGGUCUCGAAGCGCUGAUUGAGAAAAUCACCGAGACUUUGACCUUGUUUGUCCUCUCCCUCCUCGCGCCGUACAUUCGGCCCAUUAUCGAAGCCGUCUCGAAACAGCUCAAGACGGGCUCCUCGGCCGUCAUCGACUCCAGCGGCAAGCACCAGUACGAAGUCUGGACGGACCCGCACUGCUCGGACCCCACCCACUCGAUGCUGUCCAAGGACCAUUUCGCAAACAUCCUCAACGAGCCCGCCGGUCAGGUCGCCUCUGCUAUCCUCCAGUACGUCGCGCCCCGCGUCAUUUACGCGUGGGAACACCCCGACGUGCCCGUGGAUCAGGUCCUCGACGAUGUCAUUCGCGUCUUUCACCAUCCCGCCCUCCGCGAUCAGCAUCUGGAGAUCCACAAGACCAUGUUCGAUGUCGUGCAGCGCUGGGCCCACGCCCAGCCCCAUCGCGGCCAGCGCCUCAAUGACAUUCUCAGCUCCGAGAGCGUUCGCGAGGGCCACAAUCUCACUGCUGUAGGCGCUGGUCAGGGUCAGGGCCAUGGCCAUGGCCACGGCGGUCAUAGUCACGGAUCCGUCUCCGCUUCUGCAUCAUCGGGCCACGCCAGUCCGUACCCCGGCUAUGCUGCUCCCACGCCGCCUCCUUAUUUCCCUCAGUCUCAGUCUCAGUCUCCUUAUCCCCCUCAGUCCCAGUCUCCUUAUCCCCCCGGAUCUUGUCCUCCUCAGCCUUAUGAUUCUCAUCCUCCCGGAUCUUACCCGCCUCAAUCCUACGAUCCUCAGUCUUAUCCACCCGGAUCUUAUCCUCCAGGCGAGGCUUACCCACCGCAACAAGCGGCGUACGGCGAUCGUCCGUAUGAUCCAUAUGGUGCUGCACCUCCCGGCGCUCCUCCCGUCCCUGCACCAUCAUCAUCAUCAGGGGGGUACGACCAGCCUGCGUACGGAUCAUACGACAGCCAGCCUCCAGCGUACCCGUAUCAACAGGCCCCGCCACCACCAGGAAGGCCAGGAGGACCAGGAGGGCCAGGGGGGCCAGGGCAAGCGCACUGGGGCGGUCAGAGUUACGGGUACGGUGGCAGCGGCGGCGGUGGCGGUGGAUAUUAG